GUCAAGUCAAUGGCUUGAUAAGUCUAAGGAGGUGGCCGUGAUUUUUCUUUUUUGUCCUUAACCUUAAAAUUUGUAAUAUUGUAGCUUCGGGGCUUACAAUCAUCAGCGUUUCUCCAACUCCUAAUUGCAAAAGGUAACAGCACUAUGAUCACCCUUCUUCUCCUCGUUUGCAUCUUCGUCUCCACCGCAGCACAAAACUCAUCUCCUUACACUCCCACUGACUUAAUACUCAUCAACAGUGGUUCGUCAUCUGAUGAUGCAUCACAGGAUGGCAGGCGUUGGAAUGGUGAUGCCCAGUCUAAGUUCUGCCCCUUCAACUCUCAGACAUCACCGCCAUCUGGAGCCUCUCAACAACACCCGUCUGUUGAUCGGGUACCUUAUAUGACAGCCCGAGUUAUUCACUCCAAACUCACCUGCACUUUCCCUGUCUUGCCCGGUCCAAAAUUUAUCCGCCUCUACUUCUAUCCAGAUACAUACUCAGGUCUCAAUACAUCCGCGUCCUUCUUCACUGUCACUGCAAAUAAUUACACUCUUCUCAGCAACUUUAGUGCCUAUCUAGCUGUUUUUGCUCAAAUUCAAGCACGUCCCUACCUCUUCAAGGAAUUCAUUGUCACCGUGUGGGACAACCAAGAGCUAGAAUUGACGUUUACACCGUCUCCAGGCUCUUUUGCCUUCAUUAAUGGCAUAGAAAUAGUUUCCAUACCAAAUGGUCUCUACUCAACAGAUAUGGCUAACCUUUAUACCUUUGUAAACUCCGAGUCGAACCCUUUCUUUUUCUUCGAUAACAGCACCUCUCUAGAAACUGUUUACCGACUUAAUGUUGGCGGGGGCCUUGUUGCCAACAUAAAUGAUACAGGAAUGUUUCGAACAUGGUAUGAUGACUCCAAUUACAUCUUUGGAGGUCCAGGUUUGGUUCAUAAGUGGCGAGACGAUGUGACGAUAAAAUACACAGAGGAUACCCCUGCAUACACUGCACCAGCUACUGUUUACAUUAGUAAACGAUCAAUGGGUGCAGAACCUAGUAUCAAUCUAAAUUACAACCUCACUUGGCGCUUCCCUGUUGAUUCUGGUUUCAAUUACCUUGUCAGGCUCCAUUUUUGUGAGACUGAGAAUUUUAUUACAGGUGAAUCUCAACGGAUUUUUUUCAUAUUCAUCAAUAAUAUGACAGCAGAAGAAGAAGCUGACGUAUUCCACUGGAGCGGCGGCAAGGGUAUUCCAGUACACAGAGACUAUGUUAUUGCAGUACCAGGAGGUAGCCCCAGCAACCAGGAUUUAUGGCUCGCUCUACACCCCAAUAACCAUUCACAUCCAAUAUAUGCCGAUGCUAUUUUGAACGGUUUGGAGAUACUCAAGCUGAACGAUUCAGAUGGUAAUCUCGCCGGACCAAACCCUGAACUUCCUGCACCACCAGAACCGCACCCAAUCUCAGAGGGAAGGACGAAGAGGAAAGGAUCAUCUCAUGUUGUAGUUAUUGUUGGAGCCGUGGUGGGUGUCGUAUUCGCUUUGACUAUAGUUUUACUUUUCUCUGUCUACCGGCGAAAACCGAGAGCCAAGGACAAGUCUUCCAGGCUCCCGUUCUCUUACACGCCUAGCUCCUUCACAACUACUUCGGCACUGCCUACUGAUCUUUGUCACAAAUUCACUAUAGCAGAGAUCAGAGGAUCUACAAGAAAUUUUGACGAUCAAGCUGUUAUUGGUUCGGGGGGAUUUGGUACUGUGUACAAAGCCUACAUCGAGAAUGGAUCCAUACCAGUUGCAAUCAAAAGGUUGGAUUCUACAUCGAAGCAGGGGAUCCGCGAGUUCCACACAGAGAUUGAAAUGUUGUCCAAUCUCCGCCACGCUCAUCUCGUAUCUUUGAUUGGAUACUGCGAUGAUGAAGGUGAGAUGAUCCUUGUUUAUGAGUACAUGCAACAUGGUAACCUUCGAGAUCAUCUGUACAACACAAAGAGCCCUCCUUUCCCAUGGAGACAAAGACUACAAAUAUGUAUUGGUGCUGCACGAGGGUUGCACUAUCUUCAUACAGGUGCCAAGUAUGUCGUCAUCCACCGUGAUGUGAAGUCAUCAAACAUACUAUUAGACAGGAAUUGGGUGGCCAAGGUUUCGGAUUUUGGCUUGUCAAGAAAAGGUCCCACUGGUGAAGAUCAAACACAUGUCAGUACUGCAGUCAGAGGUAGUUUUGGGUAUCUUGACCCUGAAUACUAUCGUAGGCAACAGCUCAAUGAGAAAUCGGAUGUGUACUCAUUUGGGGUGGUGUUAUUUGAGGUUCUAUGUGCUCGGCAACCAGUGAUCUCACACCUAACAAAAGAAGAAAUUGUUUUGGUUGAUUGGGCACGAAAACAUUAUCGCAAAGGAGCCCUUGAUCAGAUUAUUGACCCAAAGUUGAAGGGUGAUAUCAAACUUGUCUCUUUAAAUAAGUUCGGAGAGAUUGCCGAUAGUUGCCUGCGUGACACACCGACUGAACGGCCGACAAUGUGUGAUGUGGUAUGGGGCCUUGAAUUUGCCUUGCAACUUCAAGAAACCGCUGAGAAAAUUGUUGAUGGCGCUGUAAUUAUGAGCGAGGAUCAGAUGGGCUCAUCUGUAACACGAGAAGUGAUUACUAAAGACGACGAUGACGAGGCAUUUACAGUUUCAGGUGGACCAAUGUCAGAUUCAAGGACCACAAUUAGCAUUGGUGAAAGGAAUUCUAGCAACAAAGAUGAUGAGGAAUUGAGAUCGAGGACUGUAUUUUCGGAAAUAGUAAAUCCACAGGGACGAUGAUUUUGUCAUUCACUAUCAUUUGUAGUAUUAUAGUAUCUUUAAUUUUCGCAAAGUAGAUUUGAUUCUGAUUGUAAUAUGACGGACCAUUUUCUAUUUAAUUCCCACUAGGAAGGCAACGAGCUUAGAAUUUUCCA